CCAUGCCCAGCCCCGACGCGCCCAUCACCGUUGGCGUUCUUUUCUACUGCCGCACCGGAUGCACCUUCCGCCUGGUGCAGCACCUGUGCGCCGGGAUCAAUGCCAUCCCCGGGGUUCGGGCCCUGCCUGCCCUGGUGUCCGACUCGCGGCGCCUGAAGGAGGAGUACCUGGCACACCAGGACGCCAUCAUGGCUGCGAUCGAGCGGGACCUCGUCGCGUCCGGGGAAUUCGCCUAUCCCGGAGCCGAGGUCAUCCCCUGGAAGUCCAUCCCCCUGGUGGAUCUGAACUUCCUGUCGCAGGUGGAUGCCCUGCUGGUGGGUGGCCCGGUAUACGCGGGAUCGCUGGCGGCCCCGGUCCACGGCUUCUGGGAUUUGCUUGCCCACUCGAACCCCCGCGGCGCGCUGGCCGGCAAGCUGGCGGCCCCCUUCGCCACGGUCAGCUCGGCCCUCGACGGCGGAGAGUCCGCUUGCCUGGACCUCUUCUCCGUGCUGUCUUCCUUUGGCAUGACCGUCGUGACCCUCGGGUAUCUGGACCCGGCCAUGUCCUCUGGCAGCACUCUCUCCACGGUCAGCGCCCUGGUGGCGCAGGUUGGGCAGCGUGUCGACCAGCGUGUUUUCUUCCGCGACCUCUCGGUCUCCUGGCAACUGGACGAGUUCACCCAGCGCACGCGCUUGUCCGCCGAGGAUGCUCGCGUCGCCUUCAAGACCGGCCAGCUCAUGGCCGGCACGGCCAAGCUUUCCCGCCUGGGUGCCAGCGCCUGAUCUCCCUGUCCACAUGAUACCAAGCAACCUGAUACACAACCAGAACCAGAA